AACCCUCUAAAAACACUCCACGCAACUCUCCAAAAACACCACCCACUUUCGCCGGUGUCGCCCACCGAGAGACUUCAGGUCCCGGGUCAUCUCCAAACCCGGAGGUGGGCGGUGAACAGGGGCGGAGUCUCAAGAGGAAGAAAACUGAGCUUCUGGACACCUGGGUCCACAGCCGGGUCCCCAGAGAUGUUUCUGCCACCGCUGCUGCUGCUGCUGCUGCUGUUGCUGACCGUGGAGCCCGGUGGGACCACGUUGAUACGGAUUCCUCUCCGCCGGGUCUACACGGGACGCAGGACGCUGAACCCGCUAAGGAGAUGGGGGAACCCGGAAGAGCCCCUCAGGAUGGGGGACCCAAAGUUCAUCUCUGUGCCUCUCUCCAACUUCAUGAAUGCCCAGUAUUAUGGGGAAAUCGGGCUGGGAACGCCCCCCCAAAACUUUUCUGUCGUCUUUGACACUGGCUCCUCCAACCUCUGGGUCCCGUCCAAGAGAUGCUACUUCUUCAGCCUGCCCUGCUGGUUCCACCACCGCUUCGACUCCAAAGCCUCUAGUUCCUUCAAGCCCAAUGGGACCAAGUUCGCCAUUCAGUACGGAACCGGGCGGCUAAGCGGCGUCCUGAGCGAGGACAAGCUGACUAUUGGGGGAAUCACGGGUGCAUCGGUGACUUUCGGGGAGGCUCUGUGGGAACCCAGCCUGACCUUCAUUUUCGCUCGCUUCGAUGGGAUACUGGGCCUUGGUUUUCCCGCUCUGGCCGUGGAAGGAGUUCGGCCCCCACUGGAUAUGCUGGUGGCUCAGGGUCUCCUGGAUAAGCCUGUCUUCUCCUUCUACCUCACCAGGGACCCUGAAGAGGCUGAUGGAGGAGAGCUGGUUCUUGGUGGCUCGGACCCAACACACUACAUCCCACCACUCACCUACGUGCCGGUCACGGUCCCCGCCUAUUGGCAGAUCCACAUGGAGCGUGUACAGGUGGGCACAGGGCUGACUCUUUGUGCCCACGGCUGUGCUGCCAUUCUGGACACAGGCACCUCUCUCAUCACGGGACCCUCCGAGGAGAUCCGGGCCCUGCAUAGAGCCAUUGGGGGCAUCUCCCUGCUGGUGGGAGAGUACCUGAUCCAGUGCUCGCUAAUCACGGAGCUGCCCCCCGUCUCCUUCAACCUCGGUGGAGUCUGGUUUAACCUCACGGCCCAAGACUACGUCAUCCAGGUAGGCAGACGCGGCAAUGACGUCAGAGUGACGCGGCCGGUUGGGUUGGAGAGGGUGGGGCCGGGGGUGAGACCUCCCAAGGACGGAGAAGGGGCCGCAGAAACAUCCCUUGUGCCCCGAGAUAGUGGGCGGGCUCGGCGGGCGUCACAGCCAGUGGCCCGUUUUGUCGCCUUGCAGAUUGCUCGGGGUGGUGUCCGCGUCUGUUUGUCCGGCUUCCGGUCCUUGGACAUGCCUCCGUCCUUAGGGCCCCUCUGGAUCCUCGGCGACGUCUUCUUGCGCAGCUACGUGCCCGUCUUCGACCGCGGGAACAUGACAGGAGGCGCCCGCGUGGGGCUGGCGCGCGCUCGCUCUCGGGGAGCCAGGCGCUGACGGGGGUGGCCCACGCAGGCGCAUGCGCGCCGGUCGGCGGCCAGACCCGCCGCUUAGGGAAAAUUCGCUGUUUCCAUUAAAACUACCUUGGCCGCUUCUUCUUUUUUUUUUUUUUUUUAAUUUAAGCGCCUAAUUUGUGCAGAGAAAAACUAGCAUCCGGCUCUCUGGACUUGAAGAAAGGAAUGGGGAAGGCAUCGCUCCUUUUCUCCAGGGCUCACGCUGGGCGAGGGGUCUCGUACUACGAAUCCCAUGAAGCCCCUCGCCUACUCUGCCUCUCCUGGGAGGCGCGCGACACCGCGGAGCAUCACGGGCGUUGUGGUUCAGGCGAUGUUUUCUGGUCGCCGGGGGCGGGCGCAGCCACAACAUGCGUGGGAGGCGACAGGUCGCGACGGCAGCGACAGGUGGCAGUGUGUGUGUGUAUGGGGGGGUGGCUGAAAUCGUAAAGGAUUUUCCAUCCCUUGUUCUAAGGAGAGGGGGUGUCGUUCCCGCAGACUUCAUCUCCUGUCCCUCUCGUGUCUUGAAAUUCCGGGACCCCUGGGUCCGCCAUGAAGGCGGGGCCUGAAGCCCCCGGUUUGGGGGGAGCUGUGCUGCCCCUCCUCCGCUGAUGAUGUCACUCCCCCCUCCGCAGCCUUUUGCUGUCCAGAGCUGCCGGGGCCGGGUCACCCCUCCCC